CUCCCAGGCAGUCAGGCACUAGUUUAAGCCCAACAGAGUGCGCCAAUGGAGACCCUCCUCCGGCUCUCAUUCCGUCUCCGCCCGAUUUCCGCCGCCGAAUUAUGCCUCAAAACCACUACCAUCAAUUAUGUAUGUCGACCGGCCGGGACAAUCUUUACCAAACCAGAGUUUCUAAUCCCUAGCCCGCCUUUCGCUCUCAUUUCGACGACCCGGAAAAGGCACUCUUCGUCUUCAACUGCCAGGGCAGGUUGGCUUCUGGGUUUGGGUGAAAAGAAGAAACCGAGCAUGCCGGAGAUUGUUAAAGCGGGAGACCCGAUUCUUCAUGAACCGGCCAGAGAAGUAAGUCCGGAGGAAAUCGGGUCGGAGCGGAUCCAGAAGAUAAUUGAUGAUAUGAUAAAGGUUAUGAGAUUCGCUCCUGGUGUAGGACUCGCCGCUCCUCAAAUUGGCAUUCCGUUAAAGAUUAUAGUUUUGGAAGAUACAGAAGAAUACAUAAGUUACGUCUCCAAGGAAGAGACCAAAAAGCAGGGUAGACGGCCUUUUGAUCUUAUGGUUAUCGUGAACCCAAAGCUUAAAAAGAAGAGCAACAAGACUGCACUAUUUUUCGAAGGUUGUCUGAGUGUAGAUGGAUUUAGAGCAGUGGUGGAACGGAAUCUUGAAGUUGAGGUUACAGGUUUCAAUCGUAAUGGUCAGCCCAUCAAAGUAGACGCCAAAGGCUGGCAAGCACGUAUUUUACAGCACGAGUGUGAUCAUUUGGACGGUACCCUUUAUGUCGAUAAGAUGGUCCCAAGAACAUUCCGAACAGUCGAUAAUUUGGACUUACCACUUGCCGAAGGGUGCCCCAAGCUUGGUGUCCAUUAGUUCUUUGUUGCCGACUUCUUGUGGAAGUUUAAAGAUCUAAGUUUGAAAAUCCAGUUGACUAUGAUGAUCAGGUCAGUUCAUCAAUGUUUCUGAUGCAUAUGACUGCGUCGUCGAGAUCAAGGUUCUUUUCAGGUCAUUAUUUCUUCAAAUGAAUGUUGUAAUUUUUGAUAAUUGCACUAAUUCGUCCAAUACUAUCCACAAAUUGAGGAAUAGCUUAAAGUUCUGGUGAGUUCCAAUAAUAAAUGUUGUUGAUUCGACUUGUUAA